AUGCAUGGUCGUAAACGUGUAAAGCCUAGCGCUGAGGUAGAACGUCAACGAAAAGAGAAAGAAGCAGCAAAAAUUAAAGAAUAUAGUGACCUAGUGGAUGCUUGUUUGAAUAAGAAAGAUAGCAAGAAAUUCGAUACCGAAGCAUUCAACUAUACCACAAAGAUAUUGUCACAAAAUCCAGACUUUUACACGAUCUGGAAUUUCCGACGAAAUAUUUUGAUAUAUGGUCUUUUGAAGGAUGCCGACACGGACCAAAAACAAGAAGCGUUUUCCAAUGAGCUAGUAUUUUUACAAGCACUUUUUCAAUUGAACCCUAAAUCAUAUUGGAUAUUUAAUCAUCGGAGAUGGUCACUAGACAAUAUGCCGUAUCCUGAUUGGCAAAGAGAGCUAGAACUUGUUGGGAAGAUAUUGGAAUUGGAUUCAAGAAAUUUUCAUGGAUGGGAUUAUCGUCGUUAUGUCACCUCCAAACUUUCCACAAAAAUGGCAAACACUGACGACGAAAAUAACAACUACUCUGCAGAGUCUCUCACGGAAUCCGAAUUCAAGUUUACCACCACGAAAAUCAAUCAAAAUUUUUCGAACUAUUCUGCUUGGCAUCAACGUAGCAAAUUAUUGCCAAGUUUGUUUCAAGAGAAAAAUAUGACAGAUGCUGAGAAAAAGUCAGUUAUUGAUGAAGAAUUUGAUCUUGUCAAAUCGGCAAUUUAUACGGAUCCUGAUGACCAAAGUGCCUGGUUAUAUCAUUUGUGGCUAGUCGGAAGAGAGAUUCGUCAUAUUUCUGUUCUCGGCGCAUAUUUUGAUCCAAGAGGGAGAGAAAUCGUGCUCAGUUUCGACGAUGAAAUUGGAAUGCUUUCUCCGUUUUUAGUUAGUCAAGGAAACGACACCACUGAUAAUAAUCGCAAAGUUCAAGGAAAUUGGCGUCCAGCUGGUGGGAUUUUCAAACAUGAUCAAUUGAAUUCUGAUCGCCUAUAUGGAUUCGUAUGGAUUUUUACAUUGACAGAGGAUAUAUCAACGUCUUCGACAUUGACCGUUACAAUCGAGCCUUCUUCGAUUGUUCCAUCACAUUCUGAAGCACGUCUUAUGCAAACCAUUGAAAAAUCUGUAAUUAAUAUUUUAAAUACCGAUAAUAUAGCUAUGUCAACACAGUCAAAAAGUGUAGACGUUGAACCAUCAAUUGUUCCAGCACCAGAGACUUUGCCAGCUAUCGCACAGGAACGAGCCGAUCUCUUGAAACGUGAAAUCAAUGUGAUAAAGGAAUUACUUGACUUGGAGCCCGAUAGGUGUUUACAGACUCUUAUCAGCUUACUAAACGAGCUCAAAUAUGCUUCCUUGCUAGAAUCUAAUGAGGCUAAUUUGUUAAAUGAUGAAAUAGUGAGCUAUUGUGACCGCUUAAUAAAAAUCGAUAGUUUACGGAUUAUAAGAUUUGAGGAUUUACGAUCAAAAGCUAUAUUCGAAAAGGAAACAGCAUCUCUUGUUCAAGGUUCACUAGAAGAUCCUAAAACAAUAAUUUACAAUCAGACGACACUUGCAAACUUUUCUUCGCAAUCAUCAUCACUUGCUUCAUUAUCACUCUCCUCCAAAAAUCUCACCUUUAUACCAACCCCUUCAAUUCUUCUGCUAUUAUCCAAACUAGACUUAUCACACAACAAAUUAACGUCAAUGUCUUUUCUCGCUAAUCUCAUCAAUCUUCGCGAAGUUAAUCUUGAAAGUAAUUUGAUAUUACGAAUUGACGGAGUACGAGAAUUGAGAGUUUUGAAAGAGAUGAAUUUGAAAAAUAAUUUAAUAUCUACUUUUGAGGCAGUUCGUGAUGGGUUGUUAAUGAAUGAUUCGUCAUCACGUGAUUUCCAAGAAAAAUUGAAAAUUCAUUUGACUGGAAAUCCUCUUAUUGCCGACAAUAUCAGCACUGAAUUCCAUGUUUUUAAUGAUACGUAUGACAUUAUAUUGGGAUGA